AUGGCGUUUCGAUGUUUACCAGUCGCGACGAGGGAACUGUUCGAAACUACCGUUACGAGUCAGGGUGACUAUCCGACUAUUGAUGCACUACUGGCGUGCGUUCAGUCUCGAGUGUCAACGUUGGAAAUAAUUGGUGAUUCGAAAACAGAAACCGCUAGUUCACAGUCGAAGUCGUCUCGUCAGUCGAACCGUAAGGGAGAUCGUCCCAGUCAUUCUGGUUAUCAACAUGCUGCGUCGUUGUUCACAACGAAGCCCGAAAGAUCUUGUCCAUGCUGCAAGGCGAGUAAUAGUUUGGACACCUUCAGCCAAUUUUUGUCGUGGGCAAUCGACGAACGUAGUAAAUGGAUGCGUGAUCAGAGUUUGUGUUUCAACUGCUUCAGCAAUUCUUAUUGGUCUAACAAGUGUCGGUCAAAACCAAGUUGCAAGCAGUGCUCUCGGAAUCAUCACACUUUGUUACACAUGGGUGGACGCAACACCAAGGAAAAGGUUCCCGAACCCAAAGCUAAAUCAUCAUUGUGUGCAUCUCAACCGAUGCCCACCACUUCUACAUCAUGUUCAGUGAUGCUGGGGACAGCGCUUGUCCACGUGCGUGACCGUUCGGGCACGUGGCAGACGAUGCGUGCACUAGUUGAUUGUGCUUCACAAAUAAGUGCUGUCACGGUAUCAUUUGCGGACCGCCUUGGUCUAAAACGCACUCGCUGGACUGCGCCUGUUACUGGUCUAGCUGGGCAUCCUGUUAAUAGUGUAAUGGGCUGGAUUGACUGCAUUGUCCAGCCCCGGUUUGCACCUGAACCAUCGCUGUCCAUUCAAGCUUGGGUAUUGCCAUCCAUCACCGGUGAUAUGCCCCACAAAACAUUGAAUUCUACCAUUAAGGAUAAGUUUUCAAAUCUUGCCCUGGCUGAUCCUUCAUUUCACGUCGCAUCUAGUGUGGAUAUGCUGCUGGGUGCUGACAUAUACGCCAUCAUUAUGAAUGGCCAUACAAUUGAAAUUGACUCCUCUCUGCCUUCGGCAUUCAAUUCCGUAUUUGGCUGGAUACUAAUUGGUCCUGUUCCAUAUACCAACGUCGAGCCACUACAUGCACUCCCGGUAUUGCUGACUGUAUCAAUUGAGGAGCAGAUGAACAAAUUCUGGGACAUUGAAGAACCUGAGGCGGCUCCAGAUGCGUUCACUGAUGAAGGAAAGUGUAAGUCCAUAUUCAGGAAUGAAUGUGUGCGGCUACCAUCUGGCCGUUUUUCCGUUCCUCUACCGUUUCGAGUCCCUGUUUUGCCAACAACAUUUGCUGGUUCUCGUUCAAUGGCAGUCAAGCGUUUUGAGUCAUUGGAGAAGAAACUAUUGUCUAAUCCACAGCUGCAGACAUUGUAUACAAAUUUCAUGGACGACUAUUUGGCGUUAGGUCAUAUGUCGGUGGUGCCCACACCCGGUCAUUAUUUUGUCCCUCAUCAUACAAUUUACAAAGCUGAUGAUGGUGACGCAAAGAUCCGUGUGGUGUUUGACGCGUCUGCACGAUGUUCAGCCGGACCGUCAUUGAACGAUGUACCGUCAAUCCAGGUGCUACCAGAGUACCGCAAGUACCAGCACAUUCUGUGGCGGUCAUCUCCACAUGACCAGCUUGUCGAGUACCAGUUAAAUACCGUCACGUAUGGAGUGACGUGUGCUCCGUUCCUGGCCAUACGCGUGCUACAGUCAAUUGCUGAAAAUGAUUGCGCCGACGCCGAUCAUGUCCGUGAUGCCUUACUGUACCAGACAUACGUCGACGACAUCUGCGUAGGAGCGGAUUCAGUUGAAGGUGCUUUGGAGUUCCAAUCGUCGUUACAGCGUAUUCUCGCAAAAUCUGGGCUUGAACUUAAAAAAUGGUCCAGCAACACUCAUGACAUUUUGUCGUCUGUGCCGGCAGCUGAUCGGGUAAGCACGCCGUUACCAUUCCACGAUUCCGAAGACGGAGGAACAAAGUUACUCGGAUUGCAAUGGAACCCCAACGAUGACUUUUUCAGCUGUGCGUUGCGCUUUCAACCAUCUCCAAUAUUCACUAAACGGGGCGUCCUGUCAAUGGUGGCCAGAAUUCGACCCGUUGGGGUUAUUCGGCCCUACAAUUUUUUGGGCAAAAUGCAUCAUGCAACGGACUUGGCAACUAGGGUUGGUAUGGGAUGA